AUGCCGAUCAAUCAGCCCUCCAACCAGAUCAAGUUCACAAAUGUGUCGGUCGUUCGACUAAAGAAAGGGAAAAAGCGUUUUGAGCUUGCUUGCUACAAGAACAAGCUGCUGGAGUACCGAUCCGGCGCCGAAAAAGGACCUCGACAACCCCCGUCAGCAGAACUCGCCAAGGCCUUUGGUGCGGACACACCUAAAGAUGAGAUCCUGCAAGAAAUUUUGCGCAAGGGCGAAGUGCAAGUCGGCGAGCGCGAACGAAAAGAUAAUCUAGAGCGAGUCGAGAAAGAAGUUUUGGAUAUCGUGUCUGGCCGACUGGUCGACCCCACCACGAAGCGCGUGUAUACCUCAGGAAUGAUCUCCAAGGCCCUGGACCAACUAAGCUCUGCCAGUGGCCAACAGCAACAGCAAACCGGCGGCGAGGCAAAUGGAUCGGGCGAAGAGCAGACGCAACACAAAAAGCCGAUGUGGACGGGUGUUUCAUCUAACCGGUCGGCGAAGAGUCAAGCACUCGAUGCCAUGAAGGCUCUUAUUGCCUGGCAGCCGAUUCCUGUCAUGCGUGCACGUAUGCGCCUCCGUGUUACUUGCCCGGUCUCGCUCCUGAAACAGUCAGUCAAAGCCGCGCCCGGAUCUGCGCCGGCAAAAGAAAAGGAAGCCCCGUCUGGCGGUUCAAAGGGCAAUAAGAAAGGUGGAAAAGGUGGAAAGAAGUCCAAGAAGGGUGACGACUCUGAUGUUGACGCUGGUGCUUCGGAUGCAGAGGCAGCGCCCAAAGCUCCUGGCACUGUGAAGGACUUGAUCAUGAGCUACAUCGAAUCUGUCGAGUCACAAGAAGUCAGCGGCGACGAGUGGGAGGUGGUUGGAUUUGCUGAACCAGGAGCGUACAAAGCAUUGAAUGACUUCAUCGGUAACGAGACUCGCGGAAGGGGACGUGUGGAGGUCUUGGACAUGUCGGUGACGCAUGAAGAUUAA